AUGAACACUGUCGAAAAGAAGUUAGCGGACCUGAUACGUGAACACCCGAAUCUGUACGACCAAUCACGGCGGGACUACAAAGACAGUCUAAAGGGGCAUUUGUCGUGGAAAGAAAUCGCAGGCGCCAUGGAAAAGCCGGAGGAAGAGGUGAGGGUGAAAUGGAAAAAUCUGCGCGACAAGUUCUGUAAAGCGAAGAAGCGAAUGGCCAAGAGAAACGACCCCCUGCUGGACGACGAGGAGAACCAGGUGGAGAGGCCCGUCCCGGUGCUGUACAACCAGCUGGCCUGGCUCAGCGACUAUGUGAAACCCAGAGUGGAAACAGGCAUGGGAGAAACAAACGAGGUAGCUGGAAGUGGCGAUGAUGUGGAGAAACAGCGUGAUAAAGAUGAGAAGGAGAUGCAUGGUCCUCUGCCGAUCGUUAGUACCAGUUUUUCUACUGCGGAGUCCUGUCCAACCAACCAUCAGAAGAUGGGGGUCUUUCUUAAACGUAAAAGGCAAGCAACCACAGAAACUGAGAUAACUUCUGCAGAUGCCCUCACCAAUGUCAGAGAUGAAGAUGAACUGUUUCUGCUCAGCCUGCUGCCGUCACUGAAGAGGCUUACCAUUAAAAAAAGAAUGGAGGUGCGGAUGAAAUUCCAACAGGUGCUUUAUGCUGCAGAGUUUGAGGACUAACAGACUCAAAAGGCAAUGGAAAUUUUGGUAAGUGGUAAGGGUUGUUUUGCCAUAUUUACACUUUAUGAUUCAUACUUGUAAAUAGACUGUUUUUAGAAGUUUUUUUUUUUUUAGCAAUUAUGACUUGUUUAUAUUUAUUUUUGGUGAACUAUCCCUGUUAAAAUAUAUCAAAAUAGAUAGGUGUAGCUGACCAUGUAUCAAGAGCUUUCUCUCUUUGUUUGAAAACAGAGAAAAUAUAUCUAAUUUUGAGUGUCGGUGAUAGGUGAAAUACAAUGGCCCCAUAAUAACUGCCUCUUUUUUGAAGGUCAUAGUGUUCAUUCAUCUCAUUUUAGAGGUUGUAUGUUGUGAUAUUGUUAUAUUAGAUUGUAUCAAAAUACUGCAUUAUGUUUUUGAUAUUUUGUCCACUCCCAUUUAUUUAAUUGAACUAGGGCUCAGGCUGGGCUGGACAAAACAUGUACACGUGUAUCUGUUGAACUGGUAACUCAGAAUAAUGAAAAAUCAGAAAUUUUGUUUGCCAUCGGUUGACUGACUUUUCUAGUGAAUAGUUCUCUUAUAUUUACAGUUAGAAUACACAUAUGCCACAAUAAAAUAGUUUAACUAAUUAACAUAGUUAAUGUUGCUGUUGCCAGAUAAAUCCUGAUGACAGCAUAGUACCAACUCUCAUUACCUGGUGUUUAACAAAACUAAUUUCAGUUUAACAUUUUGAAUGACUGCAAAUAUGAAUUGAGUUGUUUUCUUUACUUUUAAGCUACAAAGUUGGGAAACUAUUCUAUCCAAAAAUCAUUCUGCUUGCCAACGCUUGCCGAUUCAUUUUAAAUAAUUUUUGUGGAUUAGACAAAGUUCACUGACACAGCAUUAACAGCUCCUUUAUCUUUCUGAAAGGAUUCAUCCUAUUGUAUACAUUUUACAAAUAAAUAU